AAAAGUUCAAUUUCAAGUCCGUGAUCGCACGUGGCAAAUCUGGCAUUGAGAAUUCUGAAUCUUCUGCCGACAUUUCUUCUGCGAGCGUCUUUGCUCAAGAGAAAUAGCUCUGGUAGGAUUAUACACCUGCUAGUGUUCUUCUCUCUAUUCUUUGGGCAAUAGUCCUUUCUCCGACCUACAUCUUGACUUUGCCGUCUUCCGGCUUCAACACAAUGGCAACGUCGAUACAACGUCAGCGAGGUGACCUGCCUCGCUUGAAUAUUCCCCCUGUACCCGCUUCUCUUGCCUUACAACAACCAGGGAUGCAUCCUCUUUAUUCUCCUGCGUUGCCCACCUCUUUACAACAAGGCUUCCAUCCACCGUUGCCCCUACCCGGUCACGGCGCUAUGCAGACUCCCAUGCAACCAUUUUUCAACCCAGUCCAGAUGAUACCACCUGGCGCGCCCGGUCGAAUGGGUCAUAGAGUUGGCCAACAGAGCAUGAAUUUCAACAUGGGGAAUAUGGGAAGCGUGGCUCAGCUCGCUGCUGCCGGAAUACAUCCGCCGAACGGGUUCCCUAUUACUCCUAUGGGUGGUCACUUUCCGAGGCAGUCCAUGGCUGGGUUUCCUGUUGGCAUGCCAGCUCCUCACAAUCCAUUUCCAAACCGAAAUAGGCGCCAACUGAGUAUCGGUGGUCCCCCCAAAGCUGUUCUAGGAGGGCCACAGAGAAAACUUAGCCCAAAUCCUCCUCCUUCAAGCGGUGUUAUUUCUACCGGUGUUAGUGGUUCCACUACGCCUCUCGGCCCCCCUCCAAAUUCCGCACCUACAGUCAAAGUGAAGAAACACAUUGUCAAUCUGCCGAAAGAAACAAUACCGUCAGACGAGGAAGGUGUUCCAGCUAUAAAGGCAGAAUUUGCCAGAGUGCCUUUGAAACCGGAGGAGGUUGUUGAUAUCACGGAACUAUGGUACCCAGAACUCAUGACCUGCGAAGAGUUUCCUCCAGAGGACUUUAGACAUCUAAUACCCCCCACCGUUGAUGUCUUUUUACCUGGAAAGGUGCUUAUCGUUGGUUCUGUCGUAUUCCAUUUUUGACCUCAUCAACCUAUUAGAUCGCUUGGGAAAGACUUAAACACGCUGCUAUUGAACAGAAAUUAGAGCAACUUGGUGUAGAACGCGGCGGGAGCUCUAGUGCUAGCUCGUUUGUGCAACCUUAUGCUCUUCAUGGAAGAGCUGCAUCUGUACGUGGUUCAAUUCUGUCCCCCCCCCUCCCCUCGCGUUUACUUCUGCUAUACGUGCUCUUCUUUUUGUCAAAUACUACUCUGUUCAAGUCAUUCGUUUAUGAGGACUGGACCAUCAAUCUACUUUCCGACGCCACACAAUCCGCACCCCGUGACUGCGAUCUUUUUUGAUCCCUCUCGUUCCGCUAUCUUCAAUCGACUGAUAAUUCUCUUCUAAUCUAGGUUUCUUCUCCGGCAGACCCUGCGCUAC